AUACCUGCUUCCCGACCUCAGCCGAGAUCCGCCGCCGCCAAGCUUGACCAUGAGCGAGGCUACCAUAAAUAUCGGCAUCAACCUCAUCAAAGUUGGGGUGUUCGUGUAUGACAUCGUAACCUACCCGCUGUAUGCCAUCGUCCAGCAGCCAUGGCGAGCGAAAGGCCUCAUGCAACAGAAGUCCCAGUGUCAGAGGGCCUCUGUUAUAGCAGCAACGAGGCGCCACAGGGCUUCCAGGUGGAGAUUCGUAAUGCCAACAUCAAGACAGUGGAGGAGGCCCUUUCUUACGCCUGCAAGAAACACGGCAGCAAGAAAGCUCUGGGCACCAGGCAGAUCCUUGAGGAGUUUGAGGAAACCCAGAAAAAUGGAAAGGUUUUCAAAAAGUUUGAACUGGGAGACUACACCUGGCUGACAUACAACGAAGUGGAUGAUAUGGCACACAACUUUGGCAAGGGCCUGCGUGUCAUUGGGCACAAGCCGAGGGAAAACAUUGUCAUCUUUGCCGAGACGCGGCAGGAGUGGCUCAUGUCCGCUAUGGGAUGCUUCAAGCAGAACAUUCCUGUGUGUACACUCUAUGCCACCCUGGGUGACGAGGCCGUCAUUCAUGGCAUCAAUGAAACGGAGGUGAGGCACAUCAUCACAUCACAUGAGCUGCUUCCCAAAUUCAAGACUUUAUUGCACAAGUGUCCCCUGGUAACACACAUCACUUACUUCCGUGAUCAGCUGAAGCCCACAGAGCUCACAGGCUACAAGGAUGGCAUUGAAUUCAACUCCUUCGAGGAGGUGAUCACCAAGGGGAAAACAAGCGACUACUCAGGUAUUAAAGAUGUGCCGCCCACGGAGGAUGACACAGCCAUCAUCAUGUACACAUCUGGCUCGACUGGGAACCCCAAGGGAGUAAUCAUGUCCCACUUCAACCUGGUCAACGCCAUCAUCGGCUACGCUGUGGGACUCAACAUCCAGAAGGACGACGUCUACCUGGCUUACCUACCCCUAGCACACGUCCUUGAACUCAUGGCUGAAUCUAUGAUGCUCAUGUUUGGUGUUCCAAUGGGCUACUCCACACCAUUGACCAUGACUGACAGGUCGAGCAAGAUUAAGAGAGGCUGCUCUGGUGAUUGCACCGUCCUCAAACCCACAAUGAUGGCUGCAGUCCCGCUCAUUCUGGAUAGAAUCUACAAGGGAAUCCUGGACAAAGUAGCUGCACAAGGCCCAUGGCUCCAGAAACUCUUUGAAUUUGCUCUACAGUACAAGCUCAACUGGCUGCGGCGUGGGUUUGAGACUCCCAUUUGUAACUGGUUUGUCUUCCGCAAAAUUCGUGCAUUGUUGGGUGGAAGAUUAAGAUUGGUUGCAAGCGGCGGAGCACCACUUUCCCCUGACACUCAUGAUUUUGUGCGUGCCACUCUCGGUGUACCAGUGUUGCAGGGCUAUGGUCUCACAGAAACUUGUGGAUGUGCCACUCUCAUGGAUGACACGGACAUGACUACUGGCAGAGUUGGUGCUCCUCUGUCAGUGUGCAAAAUUAAGCUUGUUAACUGGGAAGAAGGCAAUUACAGAAUCACAGACAAGCCAAGACCACGAGGAGAAAUUAUCAUAGAGAACUUGGAAGAAUUGGCUAUGUCACUUGGCAGAGAAGACCUUAGGAGAGAGAAGUUGUGUAUGGAUGAUGAUAUCAACAAGAGUAUUCUUAAUGAGUUGUUAAUGACAGGAAAGAAAGCUAAGCUUGAGAAAUUUGAGAUGCCAGGAGCACUCUACUUGACCUCAGAACAGUGGACUCCAGACACUGGUCUGGUAACAGCAGCCUUCAAGCUUAAACGGAAGAGCAUCCAAACCAGAUAUCAGGAUGCCAUCAACCGGAUGUAUGCUUCAUAAUGUGUGUGUAUGUGUGUGCUGUAAGAAAGGCUGUUAUGUUCAUCAUCGAAGGGUGUGGAGUCAUUGAAGAGCUCAUGUUAAUUGUUAAUCAGGGCACAACUUAUUCAGGUUUUUAGAACACUGUACACUUACUAGAUUCCCCACCCCCUCUAUUAACAUAAGAUCUGUAAUUAUAGAACAUGGAAUGAUAAUCACACUGUGCUUUUUAAUUUUCAGUAAUACAUUUUCAAUAUUACACAAAACCACACCUUUGUUCACACACAACUUGAUGCCCUAAAUUUCUACAUUUUAUUGUAAUUAACUUUAUUGAUGCAUUUAAUUUCAAAUUAAAAAUCAUUUGUUGUUGUGAACAAUUGAUAUUGAGAAGGGCAGUGAAAUAAUGUGUAACAAUAAAUAUUAUUUUCCAUU